UGUGUGUGUGUGUGUGUGUGUGUGUGUGUGUGUGUGUGUGUUUGGAUUAGUGUCUGCAGCAUCUUGCUCAGGGGAAGGUAAUAUGCUGUCUGAAUGAGCUUCUUCUGUCACGUUGGCAUGGAUGGUUUAAAACUGUGGACUUAGCAGGAGUUGGGGGGCAUGGAGGGUGUGGGAAAAAGAGCAAGAGACGUCCUGACAGACACACAAAGAGAGAGGGUAGAGGCGAGGGAGGGUUGAAGGGAAGGCUCUGUAGGAGAGAGGAUGGGAUGAAUAAGCAAUCCUGCUUUCCUACUUCAGGCUUUUGCAUCUCUUACGGAUAGCUGCAUGUUUCCUCUCCCUUCCUGCUCUUUAUGUUUCUCCUCAUUAGUCUUUAAAUAAUUCCUUCUUUGUCUCAGUGUCCCUGUCCUCCUACUGUCCAGCAUCCUUGCCUCCAAGUCCUCCCCGUCCUGCACAAUCCUUCGUCUUUUCCCCGUCCCGAUCCUCCCCUCUGCCUCCCAUCGUCCCUCUUCCCAAAUGUCCUUUUAUAUCAGUCAGUGACCCACAGAAGCCCUGCUUCCUCUUCCAAUGCAUGUCAUGCAAACAUACACGCACGUACGUGCACUUACAUACAGGUGCAGCCGCUCGGUCAGAGAGAAAACAUAAAACGAGGAUAUUUUGUGAGGCGUUUGUUGUUUUGUUGCCAUGGGGAACUCAGUAAAGUCGCUUAAAUCUUUCACCAAGAAGGACAAGAAGAAGAACUACAAAGCAGUGCAGUCCUGUGAGGAGGGGGGAUCUGGGGGGGCCUAUCUUGAGCCACUAGUAGCCCUGGCCCAGAACGGCGCCACCAUGCACAACGUGCUGGGGCCUGCGUGCAUCUUUCUACGCAAGGGCUUCGCUGAGAGCCGGCAGGCUGACCGAGAGCUGAGGCCAGAAGAAAUGGAUGAGCUGCGUGAGGCCUUCAAGGAGUUUGAUAAAGAUAAAGAUGGAUUUAUUGGCUGUAAAGACCUGGGGAACUGCAUGAGGACGAUGGGCUACAUGCCGACAGAGAUGGAGCUGAUAGAACUGAGCCAACAGAUCAACAUGAACCUGGGAGGACAUGUUGACUUUGAAGAUUUUGUUGAACUUAUGGGGCCUAAACUUCUGGCGGAAACAGCGGACAUGAUAGGGGUGAAGGAACUCAGAGAUGCGUUCAAGGAGUUUGACACCAACGGUGAUGGUCAGAUCAGCACAGCUGAACUCAGAGAAGCCAUGAAAAAACUACUUGGACAGCAGGUCGGACACAGAGAUCUGGAGGAAAUUCUUCGAGACAUCGAUCUCAACGGAGAUGGGCACGUAGACUUUGAAGAAUUUGUGCGGAUGAUGUCUCGAUGAGAGGUCAGACGUUCCUUCUUGGAAAAAACAAAAACCAAGCAGAGAAAAAAAAAACGGAUGGAUUUUUUUAAAAAAAACUGUGAAUAAAUAAGACUAAAAAUAAAACAUAUCAACCUUGGGCUGAAACUGCCUCGCUGAAGCACAACGGCUGACAAUAACAGCCAGGAGCAUCACUGUUACCAACAAGCUGCUGCUGCUGCUCUGAGCAGAAACAAAACCAACGGCUGCACUCGUGACUUUUGCUAAGAACGUUAAAAAACAUACUUUUGAUUAAAGACAACAUUUCUAUGUGUUUGUUAGCAAUGAUUAACAGGUGGUGUUAUGUUUGAGCUGUUUUUGCUCAGCUUCUUUUAUUGUAAUUGUAGCAAUUAGGACGAUCUGUUUCGAACAUUACUAAUUCUGCUUUCAUGCAGAGGUUAGGAUAAGCACAAAAAAAAAACAGCAAUACUGAAAUAUUUUAUGUCAUCCGGUCAAAUCGUUUAUGAGUGGGUGUGUUUUGUGGCUGGUGUUUCUCUCCAUCUUAUGCUGUUGAUGUAAAAUGUCCUGGUGAAAUCAGGUAAUUAUGUGUGAUGUAAUGUAGCGCUGAUUUGUUUCCUCUGACUUUAACCCCAUUAUCUGUGACCCUUUCUGUGACAGACGUGUUAUUUCCAGACUUCUUCAAACGCAAACGUAGAAAGAGGUUUUUGCUGAACUUUAAUACUGUGACAUACCUUUUAUUUUCCUGUAUAUUACUAAUUUCACAUUUUUUAACUCUGCAUGACUUCUUGAUCUAAAAAGUGUUGUAAGAAUCAGUAAAAGGGGAUUUGGACGAUGCUCCAUUUCAGUUUAAGUGUAUGUUUACUGACAUAAUCUUCUAUAAAGUGAAACUUUUAUUUAUUUUAUUUCAACAGUUCAGCUUAAACACCUCAAAGUGAAUUAAACAAUCAUUGUCAUCCAUUAUUAGUACUGAUCCGUUCAAACAUUUAGUAAUCCCAGUUUCCUUGUCAUCAUUAUUAAAAUGUUUAAAGAAGCAAUUUAAGCUUCUUAUUUAAAAGCCAAAGAAAGUUUACAAAACAGUGUCAUUGGGACAGUUUUGUUAUUGUUAGACUGUUCAAGAAUGGACACCAAGGAUUAUGCAUGUUCCUAAAUUCAGAUGAGGGAGAUCUUUGUGACUUUAUGUGUCUUAACUAUGUGAAACUAUGCAUGCUGGAAAACUGCGAUUUGUAGCCCAAUAAUAAAAAAUAAAUGCAUUUCAAAUUUUAUAA